AUGGCCGACAAAUCCCCUGAACCAGACGACAUCUCUAACAGCGUCAUCAAAGCUGUCAUCGCUACACGCCCCAGAAGAUUCGUGGACCUAUACACCCAAUGCAUCGUGGAAUGCACAGUACCACGUAGAUGGAAGCUCCAGCGACUUGUGCUCAUACCGAAGCCCAGCAAGGAAAUGGAUGGGAGGGAUCAUCGCCCUCUGUGCAUGCUGGACACGAUAGGGAAAAUCCUCGAGCGGAUAAUCUGCAAUAGCCUAGAAAGCAAGCUUGCUGAAGUGCACGGUCUUUGUGAUCGCCAAUCAUUUAGAAACCUGGUGGGCGAAACGCUAAGCGAAAAUCCUGAGGUCCGGACGCUGUCCCACCGAGUCUCUAUUGAGUGCAAGGACCUGGACGAGAUAACGACCAGAGAGGACAUCUGCGAGGCGCUGAGGGGUCAAAUUCAAAUAUUUAACAUAGCCCCAGAGAAUAUUAACCUCCGAAAGGAGUAUGGCCAAACACAAACGGCGACUAUAAGACAGCGGAAAGUGCUAAAAAUGCCCUUUCAAUGCCUCGAGCUUAAACACCUUACAAGACACUGCAAGAGUGAACUGGAUAGAUCGAAUCUUUGCCGACGAUGCGGAGGAGAGGACCAUCUGGCUAAGGACUGCAAACAAGAGACACAGUGCAUGCUCUGCAAGGAUAGGAACAAUGACCCCAAACACAUUGUCGGUAGCGGCAGAUGCCCGCUGCGAGCCAUACACGCCUAUCGCUGGAAGUGGCUGGGUGGCACGUAA